AUGUCUACCGGCCAGAUCCCCCCCGGAGGUACCUACCUCGACACCCUCAAGCGCUCCUUCACCGACGUCCCCGCCCAGGCCGACAAGGAGAAUGCCAUCCCCACCACCGAGUUCCUCGAGGCUGCCGAGUCGCUAGUCUCCAUCUUCGAUGUCCUCGGCUCUGCCGCCUUCUCCCCCGUCAAGAGCGACAUGCUCGGCAAUGUCGAGAAAAUCCGCCAGCGUUUCCUUGCCCACCCCACCGAGUCCGAGACUCUCCAAGACCUUGUUAACAACGAGCAAAAGGAGAAGCAGAACAAGGCCGGCCAGGCCCUCCUCUGGCUUGUCAGAGGUCUCGAGUUCACAUGCAAGGGUCUCGCCAACAACGUCGUUGCUGCUGACCAGGAGCUUUCUACCUCCUUCCGCGCCGCCUACGACGUCACCCUCAAGCCUCACCACAGCUUCCUCAUCAAGCCCAUCUUCAGCGCCGCCAUGAGCGCCUGCCCCUACCGCAAGGACUUCUACAGCAAGCUCGGCGACGACCAGGACAAGGUCAAUGCUCAGCUCAAGGAGUACCUCGCCGCUCUCGAGAACAUUGUCAACAUUCUCAAGGCCUUCCUCGACAGCAAGGGCAUCAAGAAAUAA